GGUCGCAGGGGGGUGGAGCCGCUGGAGCUUCCCAACCUAGAGCUUCGAUACCCCCACCAUGAUCUGGAACAAGCAGUUCGACAUCUCAGAAAGUACAAAACCAUUCUCUUUUUCGUCCUCAAUCUUCCCUCCAAUAUACACUGUAUAUACCUAUCUGUGUGGUCUGGCUGGCAGGGCAGAUCAUUAAACCUUGCAGUCCCGUUCUAUUUCGAACAUCCGGCAUUCUACCCUCCCUUCUCGGCCCCCCGCUACGAACAUGUCAGCCCACGUUCUGGCAAGCGAGGGCGUCAAUCUCGUCAAAGCAAACAAGUACAAUGAAGGCAUCGAGAAGCUCACACAAGCUCUGAAGUCCCAGAAGGCCCCCAUGUGGCUCAUUGAGCGAUCCAAGGCCUAUCUGCGUACCAAUGACUUCCAGCUCGCCCUCCAUGACGCCGAGCAGGCUCUCUCCAUUGCCUAUGACCGAGCCAACCGAGACCUCAUGAUCGAAGCACAGAUUCGAAGGGCCGUCACCUUGUUUCGCUUGAAGCAGUACGCCGACACCGACGUCUGUGCGUACUGGGCACUCAAACUCCUUGACGGCGCCAAGGCCUCAGAAGACCAUGGCAUACAAAACAGGGUAGACGAGAGGGGUGAUUACGCUGUCACUUUGGCCGAGGCUCAGGAGCUGAACGCCAAAGAUGUCCAGGCCAAGAAAGAAGCUGGACUCCAGUCCGCCAUGGCAUCUGGCAGAUCGAAGGACUCCACCAAUCGCAAUCUUGCUUUCUCGUGGCGCAUCAACGCUUUGCAGGCCAUGGAGAAGCUAGAGGCGGGCGCAUCGGGCCGCAAGGUCACUGUAGUCCAAUACCCCAAGCCUUCCGACACACCCGCUGUCGCCACCAAGAAGGUACAGUCCGAAAGAAUUACGGAGAUCGAGGAUGAUGAUCAUGAUGAGCCGGAGGAAGAACAGAACAAGCCAAAGAUUCCGCAACACAUUCUCACCGGAGAAGCGCCCCGCGAAAUCGUCCCUUGGACCUGGGAUGAUGUCUGGAACCAAUUCCAAGCCGAGCACAGGAAGCACGAUAUCCGCACUGAUUGGUACGAGACAGACACCACCGCUAAUGUCAGCUUGUUCGUCAAGAAUCUGCCCAAGGACAGCGUCAAGGUGGACUCGCGGGAGCAGAGUGUUACAGUCAGCCCUAUUGCUAUCAUUCCCACAGGUUCUUUCACAUUGGAUCUUCAGGGCAAGAUCAAGCCUGAAGAAACCACUUACACAGUCAAGUCGAUGAAGGUUGAGUUGGUUCUCAAGAAGGAAGUCCCCGGAAAGUGGAGGGUUCUUCGCAACUCGGAUGCAGAUGUUAAGUUCCGUGAGCGGUCUAGUUUCGUUGCCCAUGCAGAGAACCUAGGAUUUGAGCCCACAGCUUUCCAAACCGACGCCUCCAACGGCGACCUUGAUGCUUGGUACGACAACAUUUACACAAAGUUGUUUUCCAACACUACUUCUGACAGUACGGCAACCUCUGCCAGUCAGGCUAAGAAAGUCGAUGAGCCGAGUGCAGCCCAACCAACCCCAGAAGCGAAACCAUCCGGACCCGCCUAUCCGACUUCAUCAAAGUCUGGCCCCAAGAAUUGGGAGAAGAUGGAUGUGGACGAUGAGGAUGAGGAUGAGGCGAAUGUGGAUGAUUUCUUCAAGAAGCUGUACAAGGAUGCGGAUCCCGAUACUAGACGCGCUAUGAUGAAGAGCUAUAUCGAGAGUAAUGGCACGAGUCUUAGCACCAGCUGGUCCGAGGCGUCUAAGAAGAACUACAAGACCGAGCCUCCUGAGGGCGCGGAGGCCAAGAAGUGGGAUGAGUAGAAGUGAUGGAACAGGAAAAUUGAUGGGAGCCGCAACUACCAAUCCCCUUGCGGCUAAUUCACGUUGCGCUUAUCUUGCAUGCACCACAGGGAGCGGACUGUGUUGCGAUGUUCUGCUCUAACCUUAGCGGCUUGAGUGGGAGACAAGAGCAUUUAAUGGGUGCGGAAUUGGUCUGGCGUAUUUACACUGAUACCCAUUUAUGUCGUAGUUAAUGAUGCACGAUCAUGAUACUGAAUCUGAAUACGCAGUGCAUUGCUUUAAA